GCUGUGUUACUUAUCUGAAAUCAUCUGAUAGACGGGGACGGAAUACUAGAAGUUCCACCUAACAACAUAUUCAAUCGGGAAAAUCCCAUCAAAAGCAAAAUCACUUUUUUGCUACAAGUGUUUGUGCAAGCGUGCAUGGUUUUGUGAGUUUCUGAAGGAAACCACUUGCACGGGAGCGAAAUUGUUAUGAACCAACUGAAGCAAAUCCAUGCCCGCUCUCUUAGAAACGGCAUAGACUUCACAAAAUUCUUCAUCACGAAACUCCUUGAAAUCCCAAACAUCCCAUACGCCCACCACCUGUUCGACCUUAUUCCUAACCCAACCGUCUUUCACUACAACAAGCUCAUUCAGGCCUACUCUUCCCAUGGCCCUUACCACUAGUGCUUGUCCCUCUACACCCAAAUGUGCUUUCGCGGCUGCUCGCCGGACCAGUACUCCUUCACUUUACUCUUCGCCGUCUGCGCUUCCCUUUCCUCCCCUUAUCACGGCCAAACACUCCACUCCCAUUUUGUCAAAUCAGGUUUCGAAUUCGAUAUUUUUGCACUUACGGCUCUGGUUGACAUGUAUGCUAAACUGGGUUUGUUGGCAUCGGCCUGCCAGUUAUUUAAUGAGAUGACAGUGAAAGAUGUGCCCGCAUGGAAUUCGGUAAUCGCUGGUUAUGCAAGGUGUGGAGAUAUGGAGUGGGCGUUCGAAUUGUUCGCGGCAAUGCCUUCUAGGAAUGUGAUAUCAUGGACAACAAUGAUAUCUGGGUAUUCACAGCAUGGGCAGUACCAAAAAGCCCUUGAUACAUUUUUGGAAAUGAAGAGAGCAAAAGGAGUGAGGCCGAAUGAAGUGACUAUAGCCAGUGUUCUUCCGGCCUGCGCAAAUCUUGGGGCAUUGAAGAUUGGGCAGAGGAUUGAUGUUUAUUCAAGGAAGAAAGGAUACUUUGGUAAUAUGUUUGUGUGCAAUGCUAUCUUGGAGAUGUACUCCAGGUGUGGGAGCAUCGAUAUGGCAAAACGUGUUUUUGAUGAGAUUGGUCGCAAGAGAGAUGUGUGCUCCUGGAAUUCUAUGAUCAUGGGUUUAGCUGUCCAUGGAAAAUGCAAUGAGGCUCUUCAACUCUUCCAAGACAUGCUGAAGGAAGGAAUUGCACCAGAUAAUGUUACAUUCGUGGGAGUUCUCUUGGCAUGCGCUCAUGGAGGCAUGGUAGUUAGAGGACGAGAGCUUUUCCAAUUGAUGGAACAAAACUUCUCGAUCAUUCCUAAAUUAGAACAUUAUGGAUGCAUGGUUGAUCUUCUAGGUCGAGCAGGAGAAUCACAUGAAGCUUAUGAUCUUAAACAAAGUAUGCCAAUGCAGCCGGAUUAUGUAGUAUGGGGAGCUCUGUUGGGAGCGUGCAGUUUCUAUCGCCAUGUUGAAUUGGCAGAGAAAGCAGCAGAAUCACUCUUUCAGCUUGAGCCAUGGAAUCCAGGAAACUAUGUUAUCCUCUCCAAUAUUUAUGCAUCAGCAGGGAAAUGGAAUGGAGUUGCAAAGCUACGGAAGAUGAUGAAAGGCGGAAGGAUAACAAAGGUAGCCGGGUAUAGUUUCAUCGAAGAGGGAGGCCGGAUUCAUAAGUUUAGUGUAGAGGAUAGAUUGCAUCCGCGAUGUGUUGAGAUAUAUGCACUUUUGGAUGAAGUUUCAGCUAUUAUGAAACUCCUUGGAAAUACCAUUGAUUUGGAUUGUUCAUUUGAAGAAUCGUGGAUCAUGGGAUAAAUCUCCUAAUUUUCAUGAGUUUACAUUCAUCUAGGGGAAAAUUUCAC